AUGGAACGAUACUUUAAGAGAAGGUUCGCAUCAACUACUUCUAGUUCGGAUAAUGUGGGUAGUUCGAGUUCGAGAGAUGUGGAUAUUUCUAGAGAUGUAGAUAGUUCGAAAGAAAGUGAGUUGCAAGAUAUCUUAACUAAUCUUAUUGCAGACCCUGGACUUCGACCUCAAAUGUUGGAUUAUGAUCCUAACAUUAGAGACGAAGUUCGAAGAGCAUAUCUACAAAAGGGUCCAUGUCAGCCCAAGGAUCACACAUUUCCACAAACUGAUCUUUCAGGGUAUGAUCGACUCUUUAAUGUCAAGUGGUUUGAUGAGUUUGACUGGUUGGAAUACAGUAUUAGUAAAGAUGCUGCAUUUUGCCUUUAUUGUUAUCUCUUCAAAUCCAAUUUCAGAAUUGGUCAAGGGUGUAGCGACGCCUUCACAGAGAUGGGUUUUAGGAAUUGGAAGAAGAAAGAUAAAAUUAGGCAACAUGUUGGACCUGUUGGAAGUGUUCAUAAUCAAUCUAGACAGUAUUGUGUGGAUCUUAUGAAUCAAAAGCAACACAUCCGAACAGUUUUGAUAAAGCAAUCAGAGCAAGCUCGUAUUGAUUAUCGUAUUUGCUUGACAGUUUCUCUUGAUUAUGUGAGAUUUUUAUUGAGACAAGGUCUUCCUUUUCGUGGGCAUGAUGAGAGUGACACUUCAAGCAACAAGGGGAAUUAUUUAGAGCUCUUACAGUUUCUUGCUGAUCAUGAUGAGAAAGUGAAGGCCGUUGUGUUAGAAAAUGCUCCCGGGAAUCUCAAGUUAAUAGCUCCAACAAUUCAAAAAGAUCUUGUGAAUGCUUGUGCCACUGAAACUAUUAAGAAAAUCAUCAAGGAUAUGGAUGGUGCAUUCUUCUCUUUAUUAGUUGAUGAAUCACGUGAUGUGUCAGUAAAAGAACAGAUGGCGGUGGUGUUUCGUUAUGUGGACAAAAGUGGGGAUGUAAUUGAGAGGUUUGUGGGCAUUCAACAUGUUAGCGAUACUACAUCAAACUCACUCAAGGAGGCUAUUGACACAUUGUUUGCAAGAGAGGAAUUGAGCAUUUCCAUGCUAAGAGGACAAGGAUAUGAUGGAGCUAGUAAUAUGAAGGGUGAGUUCAAUGGUCUUAAAACACAGAUUUUGAGAGAAAAUCCUUGUGCCUAUUAUAUUCAUUGUUUUGCAUAUCAACUUCAAUUAGCUCUUGUGGCCGUGGCAAAGGGAAAUGCUGAUAUUGCCACUUUCUUCACAUCUUGCAAUAGCUUGGUUAAUAUUGUUGAAGCAUCGUGCAAGCGUCGUGACAUUCUUAGAGAUCAACUACAAAAGGAUGUUACGGAAGCUCUAGAAAAAGAUACUUUUCCAACAAGGCGAGGCUUAAAUCAAGAAACUUGUCUCAAGCGUCCCGGUGAUACACGUUGGAACUCACAUUAUGGUACAUUACUUAGUAUCAUUUCCAUGUUUAAAUCUGUGGUGAAAGUUUUCAAAUUUAUUAUUGAGGAUGGCUCCACUGAUAAUCUAGGUGAAGUAAAUAGGUCAUUGAGAGAAAUACAAUCUUUUGAGUUUGUAUUUCACCUAUUUUUCAUGAGAUCUAUAUUGGGAGCCACAAAUGACUUGUCACAAGCAUUACAGAGGAAAGACCAAGAUAUUGAGAAUGCAAUGACUUUAGUCAAAGUUUGCAAGGACCAACUACAACACAUGAGAGAGAAUGCAUUUGAAGCCUUGCUUGAUCAAGUAUCUUCCUUUUGUGCCAAACAUGAUAUCUUGGUUCCAAACAUGGAUGAUGCAUAUGUAGCUCAAUGGAGAUCACAUCGGAGAGCUCCUAUAAUAACACACCUCCAUCAUUAUCGUGUGGACAUCUUUAUUCAAAUCAUUGAGUGGCAACUUGCGGAAUUAAAUCGUCGCUUUAGUGAGAUUUUAAAUUCCCGAGAUCUCUUGGCACUUGAAGAUCAACUUGAGAUUUAUAUUACUCAUAUGCGUACGAUGACUGAUUUUUCUCAAUUGAAAGGGAUUGAUAGCCUUGCAAGAAAAAUGGUGGAGAAAGGGUUGCAUAGAACAUAUAAUUAUGUUUAUUUGCUUCUCAGAUUAGCCUUAACUUUACCGGUUACAACUGCUUCUGUGGAGAGAGCAUUUUCUGCUAUGAAUAUUGUGAAAGGUCCACUUCGCAACCGAAUGGGAGAUCAAUGGUUGAGUGAUAGUUUACUUGUUUAUAUUGAGAAAGAUGUGUUUGCUUGUAUUGAUAAUGAAACUAUAAUGCUACGUUUUCAGAAUAUGAAAACUCGUCGUGGACAAUUGUAA